AUGUCUGGCAAUAUCUGGCGGGGAGAUCUCAGCACUUUACCACCCACACAGCUGGCAAUUGCCCUAGCCAACAACAAUUCUGAAAUCUUGCCUGACUACGAAAUCAAACUCAUAUGGAAUGAUACAGCGGCAUCACCAACAGUCUCGAUGCGCAUCCUGUUCGACUUCCUGUACCAGAAACCGACCAAGCUGAUGCUGCUGGGACCGAACCUGUCCAAGAACACCGUGCCCGUGGCGGAGGCUGCGUCUGCCUGGAAUCUCUUACAGACGACAGAGAACUUCUUGGACCUGUGGAACGCUCAAAACUACUCGAUGGUUUUCGUAAACCAGGUCUCUAACAUCGGACUCACGCUAGACACAAUAGAGAGACAAGAAGCUCGAAUAAUGAUUUGCAAUUUCCACUUUGAAUUGGCAAAAAGAUUGUUUUGCGAGGUUUAUAAGAGGAAACUGUAUGGUCCAAAAUACGUGUGGAUACUCUUAGGUUGGAUUGGUACGAACUGGUGGAAUUUCUCUUACCCAAAAGUUGAGUGUUCACCGGAACAAAUUAGAACUGCUCAGGACGGGCAUUUUAUGACCGAACUCACUGCAGAAGCUACUGAAUACAGUGAAGUUUUCGGCAUGACUGCUGAACUAAUUAAGAAGUACAUAGUGAACGUAUAUGCUGGUUUUGCCUUCGAUGCAAUGAUCAGCAUUGCACUGACGUUACACGAGGCUGACAAACAGGGCGUGGUUCUCGAAGACUUCGACUACAACAACUCGACAUACGUGAACACGUUCAAGGACAUUAUGUCUAAGGUUAGGUUUGACGGAGUGACGGCUCAAAAACCAGUCAAGCGAGCGACCGCGAUCGCUUUGCCUCCUGAACAUGCCCCAGGUUCUCCGCGCCUGAAGAAUGAGAGGUCACGUAAACGGUCUCGUAAAGUCACUCGAAUUGGGAUGACUGUCUUCACGUGCGUUAAUCACUAA